CACUUCGAGGUAAAGUGAAAGUAGGAUGCAAUUUGUGUUCAUCAAUCAUUUGAUCAGUUUGAUGCUGAUAUUUGUUAUGGUGCAUCGUGUUUUGAGCGAGGGAUGUAACAGCGCCAGCUGGUGGGGAAGCUUGGAUACGCCCUCGAGAUGGUCGGUGUGUCCAAGAAAUAACACCUACCUAAGGGGAUUCUGGAGGAGUCCACACAAAACCGGAGAUGAAAGAGUUGGACGCCUUGAAGAAGGAAGAUGCUGUGAUGCUGCGGAGCCGCGUUACGCCGGUCAGCCUUCAAGAUGUGUAAAUGCAAACUGGUCACGCACGUUGAAUGGAUUUAAUGUCUGGGCUUUGUGUCCAAAAGGCUUUUACAUGAAUGGCAUCAGAACAGGAUCUACUCACCCCUUGCAAUCAUUUUUGAACAACAUCGAAGAGGCAAGAUGUUGCCAUCCAACGGAUCAUCCCAGCCGUUAUGAAGACUGUUACGAUGAAGAUGUUGCUAUUUCAUUCAACACCAAAGGUUGGAGUGAAUGCCAGAAGAAUGGUUAUUACAUGACCGGUUUCUACAAAAGUAACUGCCAUGAACUUAACUGUAUUGACAAGUUCAAAUGCUGUAAACAUCUCUUGAGAACUUCAGAUGCUGAAAACGGGCAAUCAAUCCCAAUUACAGAUCUACAGCGAGAGGUAUACAAAUCUUGGGUGUUUUCUAAGCUAAUACCAAGUUCGAUUUGUUUUGGACGUGAGCCGGAAAAACAGAGUCGAGUACAUCGGUCGAAGCUUCUGUUUUAGGAGGUUUUUUGUUCCGGAAAACUAUCAAACUACAUGAUCUAAGGCCAGGAUGGUGUUUAAAAUGCCGCCAUAUGAGAUUUUUUCCAAAACUUAGAAAAUAACUGUUUGCGUCUGUUAGAAGCGUGUUAGCACUUUCAUUUCAAAAUAUUUUGCCAUCAUGUUACCUUUUGUGACGUCGCAUUUC